GAGGAGUCAAGCUCCUCCAAAGCAAGCUUUUGAAAGCCGCAGCACGGCCGUCUGGCACGGUACUCGGCGGUCUCCAUGCAGCCGGACUACGAGGACGCCGUGUCCUUCCUGGGCUCUUGGGGUCCCUUCCAGAGGCGAGUGGUCUGGCAGCUGUGCCUGGCCGCCCUCCCCUCGGGCUACAACCUGCUGUCCAGCCUCUACCUGCUGGCCACGCCGCCGCACGUCUGCCGGAUCCCCGACAACAGCCUCGGCCCCGAAUGGACGCAGGUCGCCGUCCCUAUGCAGCUGGUCUCCGGACGCUUGGAGCGGAGCAGCUGCAGUCGCUUUCAGCUGAGCCGCAUUCAGAACCUCAGCGCCUCCGGUCUCAGGUCCCAUGCGCCGCUGUCCAGCCUGCCGCAGGAAGGCUGUAAGGACGGCUGGACCUUCAGCACGGAGCACUACCAGUCCACCGUGGUCACGGAGUUUGCUCUGGUGUGCGAUGAGCAGUGGAAAGCGCCUCUGAGCACUCUGGCCUACUUCCUGGGCGGACUGUGCGGAUGCUUCAUCUCGGGCCAGCUCUCCGACAGGUUUGGCAGGAAACCCGUUCUGCUGGCUUGCGUGGCCCUGCUGGGCAAGUUUGGCAUUCUGGCCGGCCUGAGCGUUUUGUACACGUACAGCGGAGAACUGUACCCCACGGUCAUCCGGAACACAGCCUUGUCCUCCUGCGCCACCUUCUCACGACUCGGAUCCGCGGUGUCGCCCUACAUCCUCCAACUGGGAGUGUGGUACGAGUUGUUGCCGUGGAUCCUGGUGGGUUCCUUGUCUGUGUUUGGUGUUGUGCUCAGUGUCUUUCUGCCAGAGACCUUCACACAGCCACUGCCAGACACCAUUCAGCAGAUGGCCACCAUGCGCAAAUGGCCAUGUUCAUCCUGUGCUGCAAAGCAUGAUGGGAAACCCUCUGAAGACAAUCCUGGACCAGAGGUCAUCUGGACAACUCACUUUUAAUACGCGCACACAUGCGCCCACGCUAGAAGAUCUUUAGUCCUCAGCUUGAUAUUUCCGUUUUCUCAGUUUGUCCACGAGAUAGAGACAAAACAAACCUCCAGACCAUGACGCAUUCACGGACACAAAAAAGAUUCGUGGAAAAGAAAAAAAACAAAACUAGUGGGUUGAUUUGCGAUUAACGUUCAUCCCUUUGUGAUCCACUUGUCCUAUCACCAUAAUACAAUUUCUGAUGUCAAAUGAGGAAUGGUUCAUUUGAUGUGAGACUUGACGUUA